CCGUGAAUAGAGAAUACAGUAGGACGCUGCGUAGCCUCGUGAUGCAUACGACGGAGAGCCAACUCGUUUACCUCGACUGCUCUCCAUUUCGCCUGAAUUCAUGUAUUGCAUUACUGUCCACUUUGACCUUUAUGGCUCGGUAAAAAUAACGGUGAAUUACGUAUUUUAUUCCCCCUAGGUUGGAUUGUACCUUUACGCACUAUUGUAUUUAAUCGGCCGUCAUUUUAUUUUUCGUCAUCUGAAAGACGGUGAAGGCAGACUACAUGACACACAGGAGGGAGCAGUGAUUGGACCUGUCUGUGUUUUCUCCAUCCGGCGGAUGAGUCCCCAGCUCAGCCCACAGCAGUGAUUGGGCUAGGUGCCAGAUAGGGAGCUGUAGCAGGGGGGUAAUCAUGGCGGACGUGGACCCAGACACCUUGCUGGAGUGGCUCCAGAUGGGCCAGGGAGAUGAGAGGGACAUGCAGCUGAUCGCCCUGGAGCAGCUCUGCAUGUUAUUGCUCAUGUCUGACAACGUGGACCGCUGCUUCGAGACGUGUCCCCCACGCACCUUCCUCCCCGCCCUGUGUAAGAUCUUCUUGGACGAAAGCGCCCCGGACAACGUGCUGGAGGUGACGGCCCGCGCCAUCACAUACUACCUGGACGUGUCGGCUGAGUGCACCCGCAGGAUCGUGGGCGUGGACGGGGCCAUCAAGGCUCUGUGUAACCGCCUGGUGGUGGUGGAGCUCAACAACAGGACCAGCAGAGACCUGGCCGAGCAGUGUGUCAAGGUGCUGGAGCUGAUCUGUACCAGGGAGUCUGGUGCAGUGUUUGAGGCUGGUGGUCUGAACUGUGUGCUUAGCUUCAUCCGGGAUAGCGGUCAUCUGGUCCAUAAGGACACCCUGCACUCUGCCAUGUCUGUGGUGUCUCGCCUGUGCAGCAAGAUGGAGCCCCAGGACUCCUCUCUGGAGACCUGCGUGGAGUCCCUCUCCAGUCUGCUCAAACACGAAGACCACCAGGUGUCUGACGGUGCUCUGCGCUGCUUUGCCUCCCUGGCGGACCGGUUCACCCGUCGAGGGGUGGACCCCGCGCCACUGGCCAAGCACGGUCUGACAGAGGAGCUGCUGUCCCGGAUGGCGGCGGCAGGGGGCACGGUCUCCGGCCCCUCCUCCACCUGUAAGCCAGGCCGGACUUCCACUGGGGCCCAACCCACCGCCGCUGACUCCAAACUCUCCAACCAGGUGUCCACCAUCGUUAGCCUGCUGUCCACGCUGUGCAGAGGCUCUCCCCUCGUCACUCAUGAUCUGCUACGCUCUGCGCUGCCUGACUCCAUGGAGAGUGCCAUGCAGGGGGACGAGCGUUGUGUUCUGGACACCAUGCGUCUAGUGGACCUGCUGCUGGUGCUGCUGUUCGAGGGCCGCAAGGCUCUGCCCAAAUCCACCGCUGGCUCAACAGGACGCAUCCCGGGCCUGCGGCGGCUGGACAGCUCCGGGGAGCGCUCCCACCGACAGCUCAUCGACUGUAUCCGCAGCAAAGACACAGACGCUCUCAUUGAUGCCAUCGACACCGGAGCUUUUGAAGUCAAUUUCAUGGAUGACGUCGGGCAGACUCUUUUGAACUGGGCCUCUGCGUUUGGUACACAGGAAAUGGUUGAGUUCCUGUGUGAGAGAGGUGCUGAUGUCAACAGAGGUCAGAGGUCCUCCUCCCUCCACUACGCUGCCUGUUUUGGACGGCCUCAAGUAGCAAAGACUCUACUGCGACAUGGAGCCAACCCUGACCUCCGAGAUGAAGAUGGGAAAACUCCCCUGGACAAAGCAAGAGAGCGUGGCCACAGUGAGGUGGUAGCCAUUCUCCAGUCUCCUGGAGACUGGAUGUGCCCCGUGAACAAAGGAGAGGACAAGAAGAAGAAAGACUUGAACGAGGAGGAGGAGGGCAGUGAACCCAAAGGAGACCCUGAGAUGGCCCCCAUCUACCUGAAGAGGCUGCUACCAGUAUUUGCACAAACCUUUCAGCAAACCAUGCUACCUUCUAUUAGGAAAGCUAGCCUGGCUCUGAUCAGGAAGAUGAUCCACUACAGCUGUGAAGUGCUGCUGAAGGAGGUGUGUGACUCUGACGCCGGUCACAACUUGCCCACCGUGCUAGUGGAGAUCACCGCCACCGUGCUGGAUCAGGAGGACGAUGAUGACGGUCACUUGCUGGCACUGCAGAUCAUCAGAGACCUGGUGGACAAAGGAGGAGAUGUCUUCCUGGACCAGUUGGCUAGACUGGGUGUCAUCAACAAGGUGUCCACUCUGGCUGGACCCACCUCAGACGAUGAGAACGAGGAGGUGUCCAAACCAGAGAAGGAGGACGAACCACAGGAGGAUGCCAAAGAGGUGCAGCAGGGGAAGCCCUACCACUGGCGUGACUGGUCCAUUAUCAGGGGGAGGGACUGCCUGUACAUCUGGAGUGAUGCUGCAGCACUGGAGCUCUCCAACGGCUCCAACGGAUGGUUCCGCUUCAUCCUGGACGGCAAGCUGGCCACCAUGUACUCCAGCGGCAGCCCAGAGGGAGGCUCCGACAGCUCAGAAAGUCGUAGUGAGUUUUUGGAGAAGCUGCAGCGUGCCCGGAGCCAGGUGAAGCCUGUGACAGCCAGCCAGCCCAUCCUGUCUGCCCUGGGUCCCAUCAAGCUGACGGUGGGGAACUGGUCCCUGACCUGCCUGAAGGAGGGAGAGAUCGCCAUCCACAACUCUGACGGACAGCAGGCCACCAUCCUCAAGGAGGACCUGCCCGGCUUCGUGUUCGAGUCCAACAGGGGCACGAAGCACUCCUUCACCGCUGAAACAUCACUAGGGUCAGAAUUUGUGACUGGCUGGACUGGAAAGAGGGGAAGAAAGCUCAAAUCCAAAUUGGAGAAAACAAAACAAAAGGUGAAGACCACGGCCAGAGACCUGUAUGAUGACCACUUCAAGGCGGUAGAGAGCAUGCCCAGAGGGGUGGUGGUCACCCUGAGGAACAUCGCCACCCAGCUGGAGUCUGCUUGGGAGCUGCAUACCAACAGACAGUGUAUCGAGGGAGAGAACACAUGGAGAGACUUGAUGAAAACUGCUCUGGAAAACUUGAUUGUGGUUCUCAAGGAUGAGAACACCAUCUCCCCCUAUGAAAUGUGCAGCAGUGGCCUAGUGCAAGCACUUUUUACAGUCCUUAAUAAUAGUGUGGAACUUGACAUGAAACAUGAUUGUAAACCAUUAAUGGAAAGAAUAAAUGUAUUUAAAACCGCAUUCAGUGAAAACGAAGAUGAUGAAAGCAGACCCGCAGUUGCCUUAAUCCGCAAACUACUAGCAGUCCUGGAGUCCAUUGAGAGGUUACCUCUGCACCUGUAUGACACCCCAGGCUCCACCUAUAACCUGCAGUGUGUUAGAGACGCUAAAGGAGGUCGCCAACACAACAGCAGUCUCUUCAGCGCUUCUCUAGCUCUGGUCCCACCCAUCUCGCAACAACAAGUUGACUAUGUUAGACAUUCAGAGAUUUGUCCUGAAGCCCCUCCUUGUUGUUCACCCAAACCUGUCUCAUCCACUGUUUCAGGCACAGCGCAGUCCUGGAGCAGCCUGGUGAAAAAUAACUGUCCGGACAAGGGCGGCUCCUCCUCGGCUGCAGGGGCCAGCUCCUCCAGCCGGAAGGGCAGUAGCAGCUCGGUGUGUAGCGUGGCCAGCAGCAGUGAUAUCAGUCUCAGCUCCACCAAGUUAGAGCGUCGGGCUGAUAGCCUGCUGGAGCAGGGAGGGGUACUAGGGGCUGGUGGUGGCAUCCCUGGGGCAGGGGGCCAAGAACCCAUUGUGGUGCUGUCCUCCGCCGAGGCCGGAUCCGCCUCCAGCACGAUAACCGCGGAGGAGGGUGGCGAGCGGAAAGCGGGCGCGGACAGGCAAGCAGCGGCAGACGCCACGGCCAUCUCCAUGGGACUAGUCAGCGUCAGCUCGCCUGACGUCAGCUCCGUGUCUGAGUCCUCCAGUAAGGAGGCUGCUUCCCAGAGGCCUCUAUGUUCCGUGGCCAGCGCCCGUCUGUCCGUCAGCUCUCUGCUGGCGGCCGGCGCUCCCAUGAGCUCCAGCGCCAGCGUGCCAAACCUGUCGUCACGAGAGGCUAGCCUCAUGGAGUCGUUUGUGCGGCGAGCUCCUAACAUGUCCCGCACCAAUGCCACCAACAACAUGAACCUGAGCCGCAGCAGCAGCGACAACAACACCAACACACUGGGACGAAACGUCAUGAGCGCUGCCACUUCUCCUCUCAUGGGUGCACAGAGCUUUCCUAACCUCACCACCACUGGUACCACCUCAACUGUUACAAUGUCCACAUCCAUAGUAACCAGCAGCAAUAAUGUAGCCACGGCAACCACAGGUUUGUCGGUUGGCCAGUUGCUCAGUAACACUCUGACGACCAGCCUGACCUCUACGUCUAGUGAGAGCGACACUGGUCAGGAUGCUGAGUUUUCCCUUUAUGACUUCCUGGACAGCUGUCGUGCUAACACGCUAUUGGCUGAGUUAGAUGAUGAGGAGGAUCUACCUGAGCCUGAUGAUGAUGAUGAUGAGAACGAGGAUGACAAUCAGGAAGACCAAGAGUAUGAGGAAGUUUUGGUACGGUCCAGGGUAAACCUUGGUUUCCACAUUCAUUUUAAUAGGGAAGAGGAAGAGUAUGAAACCAAAGGGGGUCGGCGUAGAACCUGGGACGAUGACUUUGUCCUCAAACGGCAGUUCUCUGCUUUAGUCCCGGCGUUUGACCCCAGGCCAGGCCGGACCAAUGUCCAGCAGACCACUGACCUGGAGAUCCCUCCCCCAGGUACACCUCGCUCUGAAGUCCAGGAGGAGGUUGAGUGUGCCCCCUCCCCCCACCUCGCUCUCAUCCUCAAAGUGGCAGGGCUUGGAACCACCCGAGAAGUUGAACUACCCCUCUCCAACUACAAGGGUACUAUCUUUUACUAUGUCCAGAAGCUUCUACAGGUCUCCUGCAACGGGAGCAUCAAAUCAGAUAAACUACGCCGGAUCUGGGAACCCACAUACACGAUAAUGUACAGAGAAUUGAAGGAUUCGGACAAAGAGAAGGAAGGCAGAAAAAUGGGUUGCUGGUCUGUAGAGCAUGUGGAGCAAUACCUUGGCACUGAUGAAUUACCAAAGAAUGACUUGAUAACCUACAUGCAGAAGAAUGCAGACUCCUCUUUCCUGCGCCACUGGAAAUUAACCGGCACUAAUAAAAGUAUUAGGAAAAACAGAAAUUGUUCUCAGCUCAUAGCUGCAUACAAGGACUUUUGUGAGCAUGGGUGCAGGUCGGGGGGCCUGAGCCCUGGGUCUCUGGGUGCCAUGCAGACCUGUGACAUCCUGAGUGUGGCUAGUGAGCAGGCCCAGGCCAAGGCUGGCUCCAGCCAGAGCGCCUGCGGUGUGGAAGAUGUGCUCCAGCUGCUCCGCAUCCUCUUCAUCAUCGGAGGAGACCCCCACGCCCACACACGCACCUUCCAGGAAGAGGAUCUCCAAUUCAAUGCAUCGCCCGAGGAAUUCACCAGCAAGAAAGUCACAACGAAGAUUCUCCAGCAGAUCGAGGAGCCUCUGGCCCUGGCCAGCGGGGCCCUCCCAGAAUGGUGUGAGCAGCUUACCAGCAAGUGUCCUUUCCUCAUCCCCUUUGAGACACGGCAGCUCUACUUCACCUGCACUGCGUUUGGAGCCUCCAGGGCGGUAGUGUGGCUGCAGAACCGGCGGGAGGCGACCAUGGAGCGCUCGCGGCCCUCCACCACGGUGCGGAGAGACGACCCUGGGGAGUUCAGGGUGGGCCGGCUCAAACAUGAGAGAGUCAAGGUCCCCCGCGGAGACCAGAUGAUGGAGUGGGCUGAGAGCGUCAUGCAGAUCCACGCUGACAGGAAAUCUGUUUUGGAAGUUGAAUUCCAGGGGGAGGAGGGUACAGGCCUGGGUCCAACACUGGAGUUCUAUGCUCUGGUGGCAGCUGAGUUCCAGAGGACAUCCCUGGGUAUCUGGCUCUGUGAUGAUGACUUCCCAGACGAUGAGUCUCGCCAGGUGGAUCUGGGUGGGGGUCUGAAACCUCCAGGCUACUACGUCCAGCGCUCCUGCGGCCUGUUCCCAGCCCCAUUCCCCCAGGACAGUGACGAGCUGGAUCGCCUCAGCAAACUCUUCCUCUUCUUGGGGGUCUUCCUGGCCAAGUGCAUUCAGGACAACCGCCUGGUGGACCUUCCCAUCUCACGACCCUUCUUCAAGUUGCUCUGUAUGGGUGACAUCAAGAGCAACAUGUCCAAGCUGCUGUACGCCUCCCGUGGGGGCCCUCUCCUCCUCGAUCCCACCGAGCAGCACCACCACUUCUCAGAGAUCCAGUCGGAGGCGUCUACCGAGGAGAGCCUGGACACCUAUUCUGUCGGAAGCUUUGACGAGGACUCCAAGUCCGAGUUCAUACUGGACCCCCCUAAACCCAAGCCCCCGGCCUGGUACCACGGCAUCCUGACCUGGGAGGACUUUGAGCGGGUCAACUCCCACCGGGCCAAGUUCCUGAAAGAGAUGAAGGAGCUAGCGGUGAAGAGGAGGCUGAUCUUGGGGAACAACAGUCAGUCUGAGGAUGAAAAGAACACUAGGCUGCAGGACCUCAUGCUGAAGAACCCAUUGGGCUCCGGACCCCCACUUAGUGUAGAGGACCUGGGAUUGAAUUUCCAGUUCUGCCCCUCAUCCAAAGUGCAUGGGUUCUCAGCAGUGGACCUGAAGCCCAAUGCGGAUGACGAGAUGGUGACCAUGGAUAAUGCUGAGGAGUAUGUGGAGCUCAUGUUUGACUUCUGCAUGCACACUGGCAUCCAGAAACAAAUGGAGGCAUUCAGAGAGGGCUUUAACCGAGUGUUCCCCAUGGAGAAGCUGAGCUCCUUCAGUCACAAGGAGGUGCAGAUGAUUCUGUGUGGAAACCAGUCUCCAUCCUGGACAACUGAGGAUGUCAUGAACUACACAGAGCCCAAGCUGGGCUACACUAGGGACAGUCCUGGGUUCCUGCGUUUUGUGCGGGUGCUUUGUGGAAUGUCGUCUGACGAGAGGAAAGCCUUCCUCCAGUUCACCACAGGAUGCUCCACUCUGCCCCCUGGCGGUCUGGCCAACCUGCACCCACGCCUCACCAUCGUUCGAAAGGUGGACGCGACAGACUCCAGCUAUCCCUCUGUUAACACUUGUGUACACUAUCUGAAGCUGCCAGAGUAUUCCUCUGAAGACAUCAUGAGAGAGCGUCUCCUAGCUGCCACCAUGGAGAAGGGCUUCCACCUCAACUGAGCAUGCCCUGUCUGCCCCAUUAUGACUGACAAACCCCCCCUGCUGGUGAAGCCUAUUGUGUUUUGUUGCAGAAAAAUAGAUCUCUCUCCCAACCCCACCAACCACCCUCCCUUAAAUCUCCCCUGUUCCGUCCUUUCCCCCUGAGAACUCUAGGAAAACAGUCCCAUGUUGGCUCAACUAGCUACUGAUACAGAUAAGGUCCGGGGCACCCCCAACUUCCUCCACUCCACCCACUACAGCUCACUCCCUCCCCAGGGCACACUGCUGCUUGAAGGACUUGAGCGACUGGAAGACAGUUUCCUCAUGGUCUACAGUGUUUACUCUCUCUCAUACUCUGGCUGUGAGCAUCUGUACAUUCUCUGUGGAUUUAAGGGUUUUUAGAUUGCCACCAUCUCUCCACCACCCGGCUGUCAACCCCCUUCCUUUCCCUGCGUGACAUGAGGGGAGAAGGGUAUCUGCUUCUGUAGCGCUAACUGUAGUGUGUUUGGGCAUUUCCUUACCAGGUUAAGUUUUACUAGUGCCUGCAUUGUUUGAAUAUUAGGAUUACAUUUUUCCCUCAUUUUACUUAAUCUUACGGCAUACAAUCAUGAUGCACAUGCUUAUUAUUUUUGCUCUUCAUUUUUUUUUCGUAAUGUAUGUUUUGAUUGUUUGUUAUCCUGCUAUAAGGAUCGAAGUCCCUGAGUGCAUUUCUUGUGUAAUUUUACAAUAAAGCUAUAGAGACAAAAACACUGGUUCUGUGUGCAAGGCACAUUUAAAAAAAGAAAAAAGCAAGCUAUGCUUUCCCUUGUAUUUUCUUUGUAUAUUAUAAACAUUUAUUUAACUCAAGUUGCAAUUUGAAGUACAGAUAUUUUCAAAUGUGUAUGCUCCAAAAAAUUAAAAUGUUUGCAAAGUA